AUGACGGACAAGCUCCCCCCUCCCCUGCUGGCGCUUUUCCAGCCUCGCCCUCCUCUUCGCUACCUACCUCCGACCACGCGUGCUCCGGAUGAUUGCAAGAAAAGCACAAUCUCUGGUGUCGCUGCAUACCUCGCUCGUGCAAAGGAGGAACAGCCGACGUUCGAAGAAGAGCAUCCGUACAACGCGACUGAGUGCUGGAUUCAGCGCAAAUGGCGCCAGAAGCUGGAGAAGAGCGAGCUCCAGCAUCGAAAGCUGGAAGAAGGUGUAAAGACUUACGACCCCGAGAAGGAUCCGCAAGCUCGGGGUGACCCGUACAGAACACUUUUCGUCGCGAGACUCAGUUACGAUGCCAAAGAAGCCGAUCUGGAGCGCGAGUUUGGCCGCUUUGGCCCCAUUGAACGUAUUCGAAUCGUCAUGGACACGGUAUCUGAGAAGGCGAAGAAGCCCAAUCGAGGCUAUGCAUUCGUUGUUUAUGAGCGUGAAAAGGACAUGAAAGCCGCAUACAAGGAGACAGAUGGAAUCCGCAUUAAGGACCGCCGAGUCCUGGUCGACGUCGAACGUGGCCGUACUACCAAGGGCUGGAAGCCUCGCCGUCUUGGUGGUGGCCUCGGAGGCCGUGGAUACACCAAGGCCAUGCCCUCGCGCCCCAUGGGCCCCGGAUUUAACGCACCCUCUGGACCUGGUGGUUUCGGUGGUGGGUGGAGAGGAGGAGGAGGAGGUUUCGGCGGCGGCCGAGGCCGUGGAGGCCGCGGUGAUCGAUUCGGUGGACCUCGUGGAGGAAUCGGCUACCAAGGAGGCCGCAACGGCUUUGGUGGACAGGCACCCCCGAACGCACCUUCCGGACCGGGCGGUGGACGUGGUGGGUUUAGAGGAGGAGGUGGUGGUGGUGGUGGUGGCUUCGGCGGAGACCGAUUCGAUCGUGGUGUUACCGGCAGCAACCGCGAGCCCGUCCGCCCCCGCGACAGCUACGCAGACCGUGACCGCCGCGAUGACCGUGACCGAGACCGCGAUGGCGACCGCUAUCGUGAACGUGACCGCCGUGAUGACCGCGGUGGAGACCGCUUCCGUGGCGACCGAGACCGUGAUAGGUAUGGCGGCCGAGAGGACCAUGGACGCAAGCGACACCGUGAGGAUGAUGCUGGUUUCGACGACCCGCGCUCCCGCCGACGAUACUAA